CACGAUCUUAGGAACUCGAUAAAAUGCAGUGUUGCAAGUUUGGUAGGAGGGAGACGUUGGACGAAAAUGUCUUCGAAGAUCCGCGGGUCCGUCGGAUGUUUGUCAGCAAGGUCCUUUUGAUAGUGGCCAUUAACUUGGCUUUUACAUCUGGGGCCAUGGCGAUUUGCAUAACGACUCGGCCCAUCAAGCGAUUUAUAGAAAAACAUUGGUAUAUUGGUCUCAUCGCCACGAUCAUCAUAUUCAUAAUUCACAUUAUGAUGUGUUGCUUCCGCUACCUCUUCCGACAGUCCCCAAUCAAAUGGAUUUUGCUGGUAAUAUACGUCAUAUGCCAUGCGAUACUAGUCUCCUUUCUGGCAGUUAGAUUUUCUCCUCUCCUGGUUUUGCUGGCCUUCGGAGUAUGUGCUGUCCUAGUCGCGGCGUUGUGUAUCUUCGCAAGAUUUGCACCUUGCGAUUUUACCUCGUGCUACACAUUCAUCAUGUUGAUUGGUAUUACCCUGAUUCUUUUGGGCAUAUUAGGAUUUUUUUUCAGAAGUGUUCGAGUGGUAUAUUUGGGCUUCGGCGUAUUCGCGUAUUCCAUAUUCAUAGUUUAUGACCUUCAGUUGAUUAUAGGGGGCAAACUUCACAAAAGGCAGUACGAUGAAUUAGAUUAUAUUAUUGCUUCCAUGACCCUUUAUCAUGAUGUAGUACACCUCUUUAUGUUCAUUCUGCGACUCGCUGGUUGGAUAGAUGAUGACUAGUACAUUGUCAUAUAAAUUAAA